AUGUGGCCUUGUCCCGUCGCAAUAACCUGCCGGUUCGGACCCUCCGAAGGCUGGAAUCGACUUCUACCGAAAUAUACAAGCUCCCGCCGAAAUGGCGUGCAGGACGGCGACGGCAGCGAGGAUUGCCUAGGAGCAUUGAUACAAGAAGCUCGCGUCAAUGCGGGUGUGUUGAUUCGCCCUUCCCCUGUUGGCGUAGAGAUCGGGGUCCGCAUCUAUCGCGUGAUGCUGGAGCCGGUGGAGGAGCUGGAUGCAUCCAAGUUGUUGAUGGCGCUCGGCGGCGACUUUUUGGUCGUAGUUGAGAUCCGCGACCGCAACAGACCAACCUCUCUGGUGCCUGCGUUCCAUAGUAGGCAAUCCGAAAUUUGA